UGGGCGGUCUCUUGCUUUGCUCUCUGCAGCACAGGCCCAUUCCAUACACCUUGAUCUUCUUUGGCUCAACUACACAUAUCAUAUCAUACCGUACCACACCAUGCUCGGAUUUCCUCUAUCCCAUUAACAUAUAUCGAUUUUGUGGCUCAGUGGCGUGCGGCCAGUCAACGCGUACGGUAUCAGCAGCAGAAGCACCAGAGCGGGCGGCGGCGUUGUUGGCGGUUAGUUUUGGUGUGUGAAGUCGGAAUUCGAAGUACGGUAGCCUGACUGACAGCAGCCAAAAGGAAACCGAUUUUUGUGAAUUUUUUCCCGCGACACGGGGUGGGAAAAGAAGAGAAAGUUUUCCCCAAUCUUGGCAAAUUUUGCUUCGAUUUACCACUAGGUACGACGACGUCGAGUGUAAGAAAAAUUUCGGCCCAAUCUGCUGCUGUUCCUCUCUGAUUACAUUAGUGUCCAAUGUCCAAAUCGAAAGAAAAUGGUUACGCUGGCCAGGCGAAUGGGUCAACUACGACGACGACGACGACGACAAUGAAUGGCCACGCCACCACCGUUCGAUCUCGUUUGGCCACGGAUCAGCAGCAGCAGCAGAAGAAGUCCACGGUCAAUGGGACGAAAAUCCCGCAGAAUGGAUUUGUCGUCAACCAACAUCACUCGGGCGGCGAUAUCAGUCUGGAUCAAAAUGAGAACCGGAAGUAUGACUACAGCCGGGAACAUCUAAAGUCGUCCUACGAGCAGGUUCCUCUCCAUACGGCCUGCUUCACGUACCUCGGGUUCUAUCUGCUGAUGAUACUCGGUUACAUAAACCAGCUAUUCUUCACUCCAAAAGUCGCCACGGAGAAGCACCGCGAUGGUUAUGUGCCGCUGUACGAUGCAUUUGAAAAGUUCUACCUUCGGUACGUCUACAGGCGGGUUAAGGAUUGCUGGAAUCGACCGAUUUGUAGCGUUCCCGGGUCGGAGGUCACGCUGAAGGACAGAAUCACCAGGGAUUAUGGCUGGUCAUUUGAAUUUACCGGUACCGAGACGCACUGCCUCAACCUGGGAUCGUACAACUAUCUCGGGUUUGCUCAAAACGUCGGACCGUGCGCAGAUGCGGCCGAGGAAUCCAUCAAAAAGUACGGACUGGCGGCUUGCAGCUCACGGCGAGAAAUCGGCAAGUUAUUUUUUAAUAGAGUUAAGGUACACCGGGGUAAGUGUGAACGGUUUUUCGUUUAGUUCAACUUUAAAAAAUCAUUAAAAAAUCAGCAGUGGAGCAAUUUUCAUAAAAUUACAAUCAAUGUGAUGCAGAACACGUUGUUUACAAACGCUGAAGAGAUGAACUCGAUAGAAGCAAAGCGAGAAAAGUUAUCACGUAAAUUGAAAUGGACUGCUGGUGUCUCCACUUAUCCCGCUUUAUGGGGUAAGUGUGGACGGUAGAUUUUCUCUUUGAUUUCCCAGGAAAUUUUCAAAAAAAAAUUGUGUCUUCUUGGUUGAAUACGUUAUUUUAUUGCUCGAACCGUCCAAAAUGUUGAAAAAAAGUUCAUCAUACUAUUAGCAAGGCAUCUUUCAAAAAUUAUUGUUUAUAAUUUAUGUUGCAACAUACGAGAUCCGAUUUUAUCAAAAACACAGAACAAACAAGUACUUUACCCAACUUUUCAUGAUCCGAAUGCUAAAUAUAGCUAAAUAAUACAAUUCAUGAAGGAUGAAGGACAGAAAAUUGAAAAAUGUGUAAACAUCAAGUCUUUUUAAAGCCGUCCACACUUACCCCAGGCAGGGGUUGGAGACAAAAUUUUAGUUUUUUGUAAAUAAACUCUGUUUUCUUCAUUCUUAACCGCCGUUUCUUUUUCUAACUGGUUGUUUGGAAUGUAAGGAUUGUUUCAAUGUAGAGUUUUUCAUCGAGAGCCAGCUAGUUUACGAGAAAUUUGCAAUUGAAAAAGAUGCACAUCAACUCGACAUCGUAGUUGAAAAGAGAAAAUUUCAAAAAAGUCACUGUAAACAUCCGUUAUUGUCUGAAUCGUAUCUUUUUCACAGUUAUUGGAUAGAUUACAAGUAAGUUGAGCAUUCUGCAUUAAAAGUUUGAGAAAAUAGUGCACAGUAUUGUUUCAAUAGUCAUCGUCCACACUUACCCCGCGUCCACACUUACCCCGGUGUACCUUACAGAUUACUGAUUUUCUCAAGAAAAAUGGAUUUUGUUUUUAUUUCGAAUCAAAACUAGAGUAUCAUAAAAAAUUGUAACCUUUUACUCGAACUUUUCCACUCGUGAUGUGUGUAUUAAGUUGAUUAGUUUUUUUUUUUUCAAUUCGUGAUCUCAACGAGAUACCAACCCUGAGCUUUAAUUAGAUGAUAAGUGUCACGCAAACAGUUUGCAAGCACGGAACGGUUGGAUCGGUACAGUUUUCUGAUGCUGCACACAUUAUGUUUGCCUAAGUCUACUGCCGUUGGACGCAUAAUUGUCACAUGUGACAUUUCGACGUUUUUGACUUUUUUAUGCCAAUCGUCAUAAUUUGAUACGUAUUAUUGAAAUUAUUUGUCGAAACAUAAAGUUUAUUCUAGAAAUUUCGAGAAAAAUUCAAAGUCAAUUUGUCACACUGAGACAAAUGGACGCAUAACUGUCACACUGAGACGAUUGGACGCAUAUUUGUCACACUCCAUAAAUGAACGUGUUAUAACUUUGGAACGUCUUAAGAGAUUGUCAUCAAACUUGGCAUACGUGUCCUUGAUAGUCGGGAGGGGAUCGCAGAAAUAUAAAGAGGGGGAAGGGUCACUGUUUUCGCGACAUCCCAGCAUGUGCAAGAAAAACACUGCAAACUGCUUCGGGUUCGUUGCUGGCGCUUGGAAGAGUGCAUGCAAACGAAAACCGCUUCACAACAUUACUCCUCCGGCGCCGUGGAACUGUAAUCCACAAUUGUCCAGGAUGGCCGUAUGUGAUUGUCGGUGGUUUUAGCAGACAAUUUCUUCUUUGGUUUUGCUUUGAGUUUAUUAUUUAGACCUACCUCGUUAAAUACCGGAGAUGUCUGAUUUUUUUAAUGUUUACGAACUAUUCCGCCAGAGUUACUUCAUCCGGAACUUGUCCCAGGACCGUAUUCACUUCAAUCCGAUUGAUUGUCCUCGCAUCUCGCAUCUGUUGCGACAUUUUCAGCACGGCAACUGACAGUUAGUUGAAGAAAUGUUGCUUCCUGUACAUUGAGUGAGCUGCCGCAAAUUGCUCUCCGUGCCGUUUCAUUGUUCGAACCCGUUAAACACUACAUGUUUAUCACCAAAUAAUGUACGCUUUCAAAUAAUCCGAUUCAGACCUGAUUUUUUUUAAAUUUUAGCUUCCAUUCACGAACAAAACACAAGAGCCACACACGAAGUUCCAAACCAAACAACUAGGUACUGAGAAAAUGUUCGUGGUGUGACAAAUAUGCGUCCAUUUUUCGACUAUUCAUAAGAUUUCGCGGCAUAAAUGUCACACAAGGAUUUUCAUUGAAAAAACACUUCAUUUUCGAAAAAUUUGAUCGAGGCUCAUAUGAUAGGAGUGUACUUAGGGCAUCCGCAGCAAUCGCGAGCAAAGUGAAAAUGCUCAUGAGUUUAAUCACUUUUAUACCGCACCGGGGGGUAGUAUGAAGGUGAGCAAAAUAGGGCCCUUGCCGUCGGGACCGAUAAAAUCACCAAAUUUGCUCACAAGAAAGGGGCGAGAGCAAACAUGCACUGAAAAAUUUCUGCCGUUUAUGCUGAGUUAAACAAACGACGUUCAGCGUGUAGAGUUUGUUUACAUUUCAUUAUGCGCAGAGAAAUUUGCGAGUCGUUCCGAGUUUUUUUUCCAAACAGGAGGAAUAAGUGGUGUACUUUCUUUUGAGCUUUUCCACGCAACAUAAUCAACGCUAAUCGGCUGCUGCAGAAGAAGAGCAGGAGAAAUAAUUAGAACCUGGUGCUGGUGGUGAACGGCUUUUCAAUGACGGAUCUGUUCGGUGCCGACUAUCCGGUUAGUGGUCAUCAUUGCAGAUUUCCCCGGACCCAACCAACCGCAGCAGCGGAAGCUGUUGGAACAUGUCUCAAAAGCUGUGGUCUCCAGUCAGCCAGAGACGACGACGGCUCGAAUGCUACUGCGAAAGAAAUUCCUUAUUAUGUGAGACACUAACGAGUCGAUGGAGGGCAAGGCUGUUGAGGUAAUUAUUAUGAUUUUUAAUAUUAAACAAAAAAAUCAUGAAAGGCAUCAGCCUAAUUAGCGUGCUUUAGUAUAAGAAUUCGUUUCAAACUACCUAAGGCAAGUUUUUUUUUAAUUUUCAAAAUAUGCAGGUCGAUUUGCUGCCCGGAUCCAGGCCGCAUGAAUGCAGAUAUCGAUUCAGCAAGACUGCCACUAUCUUCGGCAUCACACGUCACAUGCAGAGGCUUGGUGAAAUGAUCCAGCAUUCCCCCAGAAAAUCUAUCGGAUGAUCAGACCACCAAAGCGAAAAUGCAAUCUUCUGCCGUUAAAACAAAACCGGCGAGCAUUAAUUCAUGGACUGUAUAGCAUUUCUUCGCAACUGCAUGUUCCGGCAAAUUUCUAAAUUUUAAAAUGUUUUAUAAUUACACUUUAUUGAUGUGGAUAUUAAAUAAAACAAACCAUAACAUUCGUGGUUUCCGAAAUUUAAUACAUAUAAGAUGUAAAACAUUGCUGUUUAUUAUUGUUGGAACGAUGAAAAUUUAAUAACAAAAAAGUGAAUUUCAUUGUCUUCUUGAUAAAAACUGGUAUCUCCAACGAUCAUAAAUUCCAUUGAGGCAUUGGCGCAACACGGUCCUCAGUCUCGCUGCAACAGGGUGGGCGGUUCUGACUCUCUGGAGCCGGAACUUGGGACCAGCAGCGGAAGACCUUCUGCAUGAUAGUGGAACCAGCGGAACUCCGCAGCAGCUGGCAUAUUUCGCGCAGGUUCCGCUAACUUUCAAAUGAUUCCAGCUGCUGCUGCCCGGAAGCUCCUGCUGCUCCCGCCAUUGGAUCCGGUUGCUGGUCGAUAGAUACUGCUUGAACCUGCUGCGGAAAGCAGCUAACCAUUCGAAUCACCGCCAAAAACAAUCUUACGACUCAGAGUAUACUCGGUCCGAAAUAAUUUUAUCAAGAUUUUUUGUAACUCUUAUUUUUCAGUGCAAUGCUAAAUGCAUACUUUGAAUGCUACCGCCCGGUGCGCGAAAGAGUGUGUAUACCAAAACCGGUCCUCUGAAAUGAGCAAAGUCGGGCCUCGUAUACUCACUUAUUGGUGCGUUUGCUCUUAAGAGAUCUACGGCAUUAAAGUCAACAAAAAUUGUGAAACUGUGCGAUAACAGCAAAGUGCUUUUGUGAAACUUUGAUUGCGUUUUUCUCGCUUUGCCUUUUUGUAACAUGUGACAAUUAUGCUUCCAACGGCAGUCUAGUCAUCCAAAUUGUGCUGUCGAUGUGCUCUUGUUACGCUCUGAUUUGUAUCCCUCAGCUGUCUGAAUAUUUAAAAAAAAAAAAUUAAGAGGAAUUUUAUUCAACGGCGAAGAGGAUUUCAUUUUCAUUCUUACUUUUUUACCUUCGUCUAGAAAUAUUAAUUUACUUGAUUAUAUCAAAUAAUAUCAGAUUGCUAAAAAAUCUAAUUCUUAUUCCAUGUUUAUUUCUGAAUUUUAAUGACGGUUUCUUAUUUUAUGUUCUAAUUCUGACACUAGUCUCACGUAAGAUUCACUGAAUGCAUGUUUGUAUGUAGCAUUCAAUAUACGUGCAUUCAUCUUUGGCGUUACGUAGGCCACAGACAAUGCUCUGGCUUUGACAAUUGGUUUGAGGUAAUUCCACUGGCGGAAUUAUUACCUCACAAUCUCAUACCUACUCAUUUGUCGAUUAUUUUAUGAUAAGGUCUAUCAGUAAUUUUUCUGCCUUAGUCAUCGUAGUACAAAUUGAAACUGUACUUUUGCUAUUUGCUAUGAUGUCAAA